AUGGCAAAGCAUAGAGCUCUCCUGUUUCCUUACGUUUUCUCCCUUCUCAUACUCACUAUGAGCUUAUUGUGCAAAGCCAUUGAUGAUGAAGACAGAAAGCCAUAUAUUGUCUACUUGGGAUCACUUCCUAAUGAUGAGGCCUUCUCACCAUUGUCUCACCAAAUCGGUAUACUCGAAAGAGUUGUGGAGAGCACUUCUGCUUCUAAUUUCUUGAUAAGAAGCUACAAAAGGAGCUUCAAUGGGUUUGCUGCCAAGCUCACUGACCAAGAAAUAGAAAGGCUUGCUAACAUGAAGGAAGUAGUCUCUGUCUUUCCAAGCACAAACUUCCAACUUCACACAACAAGUUCUUGGGAUUUUAUUGGUCUCAAUGACGAAACCAAACGAAAUUCUACUACUGAGAGUGAUGUUGUCGUUGGUGUAAUCGACACUGGAAUUUGGCCCGAAUCGCAGAGCUUCAAUGACGAAGGUUUUAGUCCGGCUCCCAAGAAGUGGAAAGGUGUUUGUGAAGGUGGCAAAAAUUUCACUUGCAACAACAAGAUCAUUGGAGCUCGGCGUUACAACUCAUCAUCAGCAAGGGAUGAAAUUGGACAUGGAUCCCACACUGCCUCAACGGCAGCAGGGAAUGCCGUUAAGGGCGCGAGCUUUUAUGGUCUAGCACAAGGUACUGCAAGAGGAGGAGUUCCCUCUGCGAGAAUUGCUGCCUAUAAAGUCUGCGAAUUCGAUAAGUGCCCUGGAGAGGCUAUCAUGGCUGCUUUUGACGACGCUAUUGCUGAUGGAGUUGACAUCAUUACAAUUUCACUUGGAGGCACUUUCGUCACUUCUUUCGAUAAGGAUCCUAUAGCCAUUGGCAGUUUUCAUGCAAUGAAGAAAGGGAUACUAACCGCACAUUCUGCAGGCAACAGUGGCCCUGAAGAGGGUACCGUAGUAAGUGUAGAACCAUGGGUACUUACAGUUGCAGCAAGUGGCACAGAUCGCCGGAUCAUUGACAAGGUUGUUCUUGGAAAUGGAAGGACACUCAUCGGGAAUUCGGUGAACUCUUUCACAUCCAAUGGAACAAGUUAUCCUUUGGUAUAUGGAAAAGAUGCUACAAGUCAUUGCUCCAAUUCCGAUGCUCAGAGUUGUUUAGCAGGCUGCAUAGACAGUGAUUUAGUCAAGGGAAAGAUUUUGGUAUGUGAUGCGUCUGAUGGAGAUAUAGUGGCUCGUCAAGCUGGUGCACGAGGUUCCAUUGUGUAA